GCCAGACGCAGACUCAGCCGCCAGCCCCCGAGCCCUGGGACGGUCCCGCCUGCCUCCAUAAUCCGCUGGUGUCCGCCUCGCCAGGAGACGACCAUGGGCAAAAUUCUCCUCCUGUGUCUGGCUGUUCUGACCUGCGUCGGGAUCGGCGCGGCCCUGCAGUGCCUGAAAUGCGACUUCACCGUAUUUGGCAUCCCCUGCCACACCACCACCAUCACCUGCCAGGACACCCAGCUCUGCGCCACCAUCCGGGGCCGCGCAGCCGGCCACAAGCUGAUCAUGAAGAAGAACUGCGUUGACAAGGGGAAAUGCCACACCAACGACAACUCGACCUUCGCCGGCAUCACCUACAGCACCUCCUACGAGUGCUGCGAGGGCGAAUUCUGCAACUCGGCCGUGGGCGCCGGGGCCCAGCUCUCCCUGGCCGCAGGGCUGGCCAUGCUGGGGGCCUGGCUCGCCCGGGGCCUCUAAUCCCUGCUCCACAAACCAGGAGGCAAGAGGAAAUCAUUUCUGCGGGAGGACAAAAAAAAUCGAUCUAGCCAUUGCCUUUAAAUAGCUCCUCCCCCUUGCUUCUUAAAGGGGCGCUUGGUGACCAGAGUCCAGCUCGGAUUGCUUUGCCUUUUUUUGGUCAUCAUAAAUUGUUAUAACCCAGGGAUGAGGCGGCGGGAAAGGCCCUGACGGAUGGGGAAGGGGUGGGGUCUGUCUGGAGAAGGGUGGGUGGAUUUCUUGUUUCACUCCAGUAUAAAGAGUGCUGAACUGGAGUCACUCCGGAUUGACACUGUGGUUACUGAGAUCAGAAUCCAGCCCUGGCUUCACUGGCUGCCUCCUGCCCCCUACGGGCUGGCGGUGUGGGUGGGAGGUGGCAGGUGUGCAUGCGUGUUUUCCCGCUGCCCCCUGCUGGCUGGAAUUAAACCUGCUGGUCUGUGUACCAUAAACCCGAUACUGCUAACAGCUUAAGGAGAUCACUACCUCGCUCGGUUUAUACCCGGGGGUUGCCUCUCUGAACUCCCCACCAGCACAGCGUGUGUGUGUCAAAAUUAUAAAUCCGGCCGCGUGCCGGUUCGCUUUCCCAGCCCCGCUCUAAGGAACGGGCUUUACUCCACUUUGCUCAGUGUGGAAACGGGCUGGCUCAGAGGGAGAGCCAGGGCCGGAUUACCACAGGGGCUUUAGAGGCGGCAGCCCAGGACCCUGGGCUAAGGGGGUGCCCGGCACAGCCGGGCUCCAGCAGGC